GUCGAAAAGUGAAGAAAAAGAAAACCAAGAAUAAACCAGUAAAAAGUGAUGGUUCUUCUAAGAAGAGAUCUUUAAUUCUAGUCGAAGACGCGGACUUACUUUUUGAAGGUUUUGACGAAGGUUUUAUCUCUGCAAUAGCCGCUCUAUCCCUAACCUCGAAACGUCCAAUGGUAUUCACUGUCAACAACAAGAAGCCUCAACACUUUUCCAAAUUCGUCAGACCAUCCGAUCUAAUGCUGGAGUUCCAACGACCCUCUUCAAGCAAUUUAGCGUCUUGGCUACAGAUGAUAGCAAUGGCCGAAGGAAUACAUUUGGAUGAUGUUCAUGCUGAGCUGUUGGCCAAUUGGAGCAAUAACGAUAUCCGCAAAAGUCUCGUGCAAUUAGUAUUAGCGCAGUCCUGUGAGGAAAUAGCAAAAUGGCCCAAGUUCAUUGAUCGAGCUAGGUGGCCUAGCGCUGUGACGAAAGACGACAUUUUUGACACCCAGAAGUGA